GACAGUUAGAAGUUGGAUGUGAAGUUAGAGUGGGGAUUUGGGUCUUGGUAGGAACAGUCUCAAAGAGGAGUUCUUCUGAGACUCAAAGGAUAAGACAGGCUAAAAAAUAAAAUAAAAGCUGGGUUAUUUGGACAGUCUGUCAUAAAGACUGGGUAGUGAAAUACAGUUCUGCGAAGGAACUGGGUUCAAAGUUUAAAAAAAACCCUUAUAUAUUGUGUCUAAAGUAACUAAGUGCUGUAAGAAGUUCAAAUCAUCAACUUUGUAACCAAGCAAGAUUUCAGCCCUACUAAUCAGUAGUGAAACAAACCAACCUCAGAUAACAUCUUUAAAUAAAUCUUCUUGCUUUGUUCUAAAGUAUAUCUGACUGACUGAUUUCUGUAAGAAACUCUCCUCACAUCUGCAAAGCCGUGUUAUUGAGGAGACAUUUGAAAUCCUCAACUUGGAUAUGAAUUCAGGUGACAGUGUGAAGAUAAAAGGGAAAAUCUCAGAUGAUACGAAUGGCUUUGUAAUUAAUCUUGGCCAGAGCUCCAGUGAGUUGGGUUUGCACUUUAACCCUCGCUUUAAUGAAUCGGUUAUUGUCUGCAACUCCAAAUGUUCCAACACUUGGCAGUCAGAGCAGCGUGACCGUCAUUUGCCUUUCUCCAAAGGCUCAGAGGUUAAGCUCUUAUUCCUUUUCUUGGGAGACAAGUUCCGGGUGAAGCUGCCGGAUGGACACGAAACUGAAUUCCCCAACAGGAAUGGCUAUGACAAGAUCACCUACCUGAGUGUGAAAGGUGGCUUCAGAGUCAUCUCUUUCAAGCAGGACUGAAAGUCUCUUGAGCAUUAUCAAUAAACCUCUCCAAAGAAAAACCAA